AUGGCUCCGAUUGUGUCGCAGUGCCAGGCACUGCGAUUCUCUGAUCAGCAGCGAUGCACGGAAGAGGCCACUCACGCAAAUGAGCUGUUCUGCCUCUUGCAUGCCAGACAAGCUCACGGCCUGUACAUCGGUUAUAAGAGGCGAAAUGCACAGCUUGAUGCUCUCGAUGAAAAUCCCCCAGAUUAUCUGGCAGGGACGCAUAUUCCCCUUGCCAACGAUGACUUCGACUCUGUUGACGACAGCAAGGAGAUGGAGGAGAUCAUUGAUCAUCUCCACGUCAAGUGGAACACCCUAAAUCGAGUCAUCGAAGCUCGUAGAAAGCAUCAUGCUCAUUUCUACUCAAUCAGCUAUGACUAUGGCCAUCAGGCCUAUAUCGAUAAGCUCGUCAGUCAUCGUCACAUCGUCCUUCUGGCCCUUGGACGAGCCCGGAAGCGACUCAUGGCCAUUCUGUACAAGAAAGAGCAGUGGUACUCAUGGGUACGCGAUGCUCAAGAUGAUGAAGAAUUGUACCGCGAGAAAGAGCAGAAGAAGCUCAAGCAGGAAGCUGCUCUAUUCAAGCGUCACAUGAAGCAGAUGGAAGCGAGAAUGGAAUUGAUGCGGAAGAGGGAGGAGCAAAAACUUCAAGAUGCCUUCCUUGAAGAAGCAUAUAGAGAGCGCAUGGUUAUGAAUGAAGACGCAGACGAUGAGGCCUGGGAUCCUAUCGAGGAUAUGGAGGAUGAGCAGAGACAUCGAUACAUUGACCUGAUCAAGCACUUCUUGUGGGUGGAAGUUGAAGUCGAUGAAGCUACUGCUGAGAAGCCCGCCCCAGAUGAUGCAUCGUCGAGCAAACCUGCAGAAGAGCCUGCACCUGCUGAGGAGGCAUCCGUGCCUACCAAGAAGCUGAAAAAUAAGAAGAAAAAUAAAGGAAAGGCCAAUGCUGCCGCCAAUAGCUCACCACUGGAAGAACUUCAGAAUCUCCUUGGACAAAAGAAGCUCCUCGCCAUGCAGGCCAGCGGAAAACAUAGCACCGAGACUGAGCUAAAGGAGCCGGAUAAGAAGAACAUCGAGACUGAAGAGGAGAUGAGAAAGCGAUUGAGUCAGGGCGUCAAGAAGAACUUGGAUAAUGUCUCCGGCAUGCAGUUGGUCGGUACCAUUGAGAACCCUCACGAGACAUGGGACAAGACUGCUCCAAUGGAAGACGACGAAAUUGACGAGUUGAUCCGAGACAUACGCGAGAUCAAACUCCUCCUCUUCUGCCGUCUCGUCCUCCUACAAGCAUCUCUCCUCCCAGCUGCCCUCCGCGCCACAACCGUCCAAGGAUUCCUCGACGACACAUCCGUCACAGAAGCUGAUCUCCGCGAUCUCUGCCUCAAAGUCGCCGAGCCAACCCUCCAAGACAUCCGUGAUGCAUGUGCAGAUUUCGCUCGUGGCGAUAAUUCAGACGAUGACCUCCCCAUUGUAGACGACGAUGACGAUGACGAUGACGAUGAAACCAUGGAGCAGCUUUUGCAAGGCGAUAAGCGAUAUCAUCAUCUUCACACUGAUGAUUGGUUCAAAGAACGGGUGAUUAAAGAAGUCGAACGCCGUCGCUUCUUUAAGAAAAAGACUAAGAAAUCGAGGCGCCAGAGAAAGACAAAGGUUACGAUCUGUGGGAAGAGUAUCUGGAAUCAUGCUAGUGAGAACGCAAUGUCGCGCGAUGGAUGGCUCCAAUUCAGUGUCAUGGCAAAGGACUGCGACUUGAAGCAUGCGAUCCAACUUUGCAGAAACUGGUCCGAGUUCUCUGAUCUCAACCUUCUCACGCUAUGGCAGUACUUCCCCGCGUCGAAUUGGACGUCCUGGGGUCAAGAUCGCUUCAUGCAGCAGCUACAACAACUGGGUUUCUUCCCUUACUUCACAGACUUUGACGCAGAUAAGUACAGUCAUCAUCAUCAAAUUGGCGGAAGAAGUCAAGGUCGUCGCCAGCAUGAUAUCGUUGAAACGAGGAACAUUCUCGUUGGAAACAUGAAGCGGAAUGAUCCAGUGACUAGACGCUUUCUGCAGUAUUUGCUCAUGCGGAGGGGAGAGCUUCUCGUCAUUGUGCGGGAUGGCAAGACUGGGCGAGUCAUCACUGCGCCAGAUGAUGAACAGCUCUGGACAUAUCGAAAGAAACAAGGGCUUGGGAGGGCGUCGAAGAAUGAUUGGUUUAAUAUUCUAGAGGUUGGGCCUGAUUUCAUGAAGUUGACGGAUAUUCUGAGAGAGUGGCGGUUUGGGUUCGAUGAUUACUAUGAUGUGUUUAUCUGGGACUUUGUGCCCGGCGAGCCACACAUGGACCUCUACAACAUUGUCGUCAUGGAACUCCGUAAUGCCUGGCGUAUGAGAACGCCUCGUGACAUGUACGUCCACAUGGAAUCCCUCCUCCGCAGCCUCCACCGCAACGAAAAGACCAUGCGCACCCGGCAGAUCAAACCCGGCGAGAACAUCAAAUCCCUCUGGGACACCAUCGCCGACGAAAGAUCAGAAUUCCGCCUCUUUGACGAGUCUUUCCACGCUGGAGAUCUCGAACCAGGAUACAACGCCAAAUACAACCUCCUUCAAGAAACACUCCGCGCUAUGCUUAAAACCCCUCACGUCGGCUCAACCGAUUGGAUCUUCUUCAUAGCCGAGAUUCUCGAAUGGCUUGAUCUUCGCGGCGAUUACGACGACUACGCUCAAGAUCCGCAGUACCCUUGGCCGCAUAGCUUCAUCGUGCAAGACAUUGUCCAAGCAUUCGCCAUGAUCGCCAUGUUCUUCCCAAACUCAGAUGUUGCAAAGCUACCUACUAUGUUUGUCAACUCAAGCCAGUGCGAUGAGUUUAGAAAGUCAGGAGUCUUUGAUCCCAAGGAACGAAGUAAAGUACGGCCUGAUCGGAGGACGAGAACGAGCUAUAAGUUCAGGGACAAGGAGUUUUGGAAGGAGUGGAAGGAGUUUUAUAAGACGGAGAGGUAUUUUGGGGAUGUGUACCCUAUGGAAUGGAGUCUGACAGUCCGUCCUAUCAUCGCCCACUUGUAUCGAGCUGGUGUUAUAGCCCCAGCGUAUAUGCAAAACCACCCCGAAGUCGUUCUCGGCAUGGCAACAGCCAACAAAGAACCCCAUCGCCCCGACAAACUCGACCUCUUCAUCAACUACCAUGACCAAUACGGCAACUUCCCCAUGACAUAUCCCCCAACCUUCGUCGACCCCUCCAAAUGGCCAGAAGUCGUCCCCACCGCACGCACAUUCUCCCAAAGGCACCCCACCGCUCGCUUCGCCCUCCUCCGUCUCUGGUCCGCACCGCACUACUACCCCUUCAUGGUAGGCAUGUUCAACCGUAGAAACACAAGUUUCCUCGAUAGUCGCGGCCGAUCGUGGGAGUGGAAGUUUGUGCCCAAGGAUAUGCCGGGUAGUGAAUUCAGUGCGCAUCACACUACGGGGAAGAGACUAGAUGUGCUGAAGGAUAAGUUUAGGGAUAGGGUUGUGCAUAGGGGGGAUUUGAUUUUGGUUAUGGGAGUUGAUGAGGAUGAUUUGUUGAGGUUUUGUACGGCUGUUACGUUUGCCAUGCAGACGAAGCCGUGGCUUAGGGAGAUUGAUCUCUGGAAGAGCUUCAUCAACGUGGACUUUGAGUUUCUGCUGGACUUGGAGCCAUUUUGGAUGGAAUAG